AAAAAGAGUCAUAUAUAGAUUGGAGGAGCAAAUAUUAUUUUUCCUUCAUUCAAUAUUUGUAAAUUGAGGCAAAGUGACGUGGCACCCCAUCAAGAAAAUUAGGAUGGCAGCGCCUAGGCCGACGCCGACCGUCAAAGGCGGCAGCAGUAGCAGAGAUGGUUCAGCGAAAACAAUGGUGGCUGAUCAAAUAACACAAUCUAUACAAUCAACUUCCAAUCUCCUCCAUCUCAUGCUUCAGUCUUCCCCAUCACAGGCUGAACUGAUGAAGCUGCCAAAAAGUCUUUUUGCCAAGACUUCUACCAUCAAGAAUACUGAGCUGGUAUUAGAGCAGCUGCCUCGGGUAAUUUCAUCAUUGGAUGCUCAUAUGGACAACGGGUUGCAGAGUGUUCCUCAGCUGAAAACUGUAAUGCAGCUGCUCUCAAACAUAGAAAAUUGCCAGCUGAAGACCCUAUCCAGUGCUCAAGCUAUUCAACAGGAGACUGAAUCAGUAGAGCUACCUCCAGAAGCCAGCUAACGUUCCUUAGAAUGAUUCGAUAAAAUCGCACAAUACUGGGCAAGUUUAUAAUCAUGUCAUCCUGAUACUUGGAGUCUCUGAUAAAGAUGAUACAGAAUUGAUUGAUAUCAUUCUCUGGUUAGCAAAAGAACUCUUAAUGCUUCAGCUCCAGCAACGGUUUUGCUUUUAAUUUAGAGCUAUAAUUGUGUGUAAUACAAUCAAAACCUAGAGUUGAACUGCAAUUUUACUGACUAAUCAUUCUCAGUCAGGGCUGAGGUUGGAGAUAUUCAAUAUUCACUCAUGUAUAUUCUUGGUUCUAUUGAUGAUGCUUAUAUAAGAAAUAUUUAACUUUGACUUUCCGUUCCAA